UUCCUUUCUUUAAUUUUGGUUUAAUUUCUGAAUUUGUCACAAAAAAUGGAUCAUACCUAUCAUCUCCUUUCACUUGAUGACACUCGUAAAAAGGUUUAUAAUUGCGAAAUAUGGUGCGAAGUCAACCAUACUUAUGAUCAAAAGGUUUCAAAUGUUGACAUUUUUAUUGGUGAUUCAUCUAAUCAUGUUUCUCGCGGAAAGCUAUCAUUGAGAAAAUGUUAUGGUUAUCAUCCCUUUGCCACCAAACUGGCUGUUACUAUAACAAUCGAUCCUCCUAAGGACUCCACAAAUCGUUUAAUCAAAUUUGUGGUUAGAGCAAAAUGUAAUACAAACCUUAAGGAAUACAUAUUUGCAAAAAAUUACUUUAAAUAUCAAAAUGCAAUAAACGAGGGCAAGCAAGAUUUUGCGAUUCUCUAUGCCAGCUCUUCAUCAUUUUUGAAAAUAGAUGCAAAGUUUACAGUUAUUGAGGAGAGAUCGAAUCACAUUUAUGAGCCUCAAGAAGAUCUUCAGGAUGAAAAUAAAGAUCAAACCUUCUCACGCCUUGCAGAAUUCUUUUUGAACGAAAAGUUUUCGGAUUUCUCAUUCACAGUUGGAGAAACAAUAUUUCCAGUUCAUAAAUUGAUUCUUUCAAGUCGCAGUCCUGUUUUUAAAAGAAUGUUUGCAGGAAAUUUCAAGGAAAGCACUUCAAGUUCUCAAGAAGUUUCUGAUGUCAGUGCUCAAGUUUUUGGUGAAAUGCUUCAUUUCAUGUACAAGUCUAAAAUUAAUAAUUUGGAGCAUGCGGAAGAUUUGCUUGCAAUUGCAGAUCGAUAUCAGAUUGAUGACUUGAAAGCAAUUAUUGAAAAUCAUUUGUUCCAUAAACUUGAAGAUGACAAUGCUCACCGAUUCUUUCAGUUGGCACAUCGUCACAACUGCUGCAAGGAGUUUAAAAAAGAAUGUUUUAAAGUUUUAAAAAGAUUAUUUAACAGAUUAUUUAAAGACUUGAAUUUUUCAUUAACUGAAGAAUUUUUGGACCAACCAGAAAAAGUUCGGGAAAUUGUUGAUGCUAAAGCUCAUCUUGACAAUCUACUCAAAAGAGCAUCUACUGGUGAAAAUUCAGUUGGUGACGACUUUGUAGCAUCACCAUUAAAAAAGAAAAGUCGAGCUUCUAAAUCAAAUUGAAAUUAAAACAAAAUUAAAAUAAACUGUUUUCAAUUUUAUUAAACUUA